AUGGAUGUACAGACGCAAUCUCGAGGAGCACGUAUCUUCUCGAUCUUGAACGACAACGACUGUCCAUCUUUCGUCAUCCGCCCGAGACAAAUUAGGCAGCCUUCUCCAGAGCCAGAGUCGGAGUCUGAAUCCCGCCAUUCAUCAGACUCUUCAUCCUACUCUCCGCCGCAGAGGGAAGGGCGGCCGGUUCUUCUGCGUCAACCAAAGUACGCGAGAGAAUCGUCCAUCUCCUCGGUCGGCUCGCCUCCUCUCUUGAGACUUUCGUCUUCUUCAUCCAAGGGUUCCAGUUGCAGUAUGGACUCCUCUCCGUCGCCUGCAACUCCGUUUAAUUAUGUGGACAACACCUUACUUCACUAUGACCCGCUCAUGCGCCAAGACCUGGUGGGCUACUUGCCUUCUCCCACCACCGUCACCCCAUUUCUAGAACAACAAUUGAUGAUCACCCCAACCAUGCCGGAUCAAUUCUCUAGCAAGCUGAUGCAUCCCCUCACCCCUGCUCAGUAUCCCAUCGUGCCCGCACCGCUUCAUCCCAGUCUCCAAAACCUCCCCCACCCCUCAAGGUCCAACAUUGCGACCGCGCCUAUCCCACCUCCCGUCGUCACCUCGGCUCCUGCGAGCGAACAAGCAAGGACCUCUCCUUCGGCGAGCUCAGGCGCCACUCCUGGGAAGAAGAACAAAUACCCCUGCCCCUAUGCGCAGUCACACAACUGCCAGGCCACCUUCACUACAUCAGGACAUGCCGCGCGUCACGGAAAGAAACACACGGGAGAGAAGGGGGUGCACUGCCCUAUCUGCAAUAAAGCCUUUACACGAAAAGACAACAUGAAGCAACAUGAGCGCACCCACAAGGGCGCUUCCGCGUCAGGGAGCACUAGCGAUGAAUCGACGCGUAAAAGCAAGGCUGCUAUCACCAAAGACGCGCAGAGGGCCAAACAACACAAGAAGCUGGACAAGAUCAACACCGAAGCCAGCCGUCGGUCCAGUCUGAUCCAUUCGCCUUUGUCCGAGGUGACGUCCAUUGCACCUACAGCCAUCGAUACCCCUCUCAAUGUCGAUGAGUCUGCUUUCUAUCACGACCCACCUCAAGUGCUUAUGCCCAUCCACACUAUCCCAGAGAGUGUCUCUCCCAGCUCUCUCUAUCCUCCUCUAGGCGACGAUCCUCUACUGAACAGCACUUCAAUCGGGCAAGUGCCUACCUUGGGCAAAUCCAACGAGCACAACUUGGUGGGGAGUGGGCUGUUGCAGCCCAUGCCACCCACUCUGACCCGUGGGUUUUCGGAUCUGGACACCCUUGCGCAGGCAGCCGAAAGCUUCGACACUUCUUUCUACCACCAAAACUUGUAA